AUGUCAGCGCCAGGCUACGAUGACAGCAAGACGGUCAAUGGGUAUGCCCCAGACAAGUCGGCCCAGUACCCGCAGUAUCAGCCAGGCAUCCCUCAGUACCCGCCUCAACCACCUCACUACCCGCCUUAUGUUCCCUCGCCCGUCACCCAGUACCCUCAGUCAACGGCACAGUAUCCCCAGUCGACGGCUCAGCUUCCUCCGUCUCCGGUCCCAUACCCAACAUCAACGACUCAGUACCCAACUCAGUACCCCUCGCCACCCACGUGGGACUCUGCGCAACAGGCAAACCCGACCAAGUGGCAAGACCCCGCGCUGAACCUUCCCGUCGACCCCAAUGCAGGCAACGCCUCCCAGUCGACAGUUGACGAGCUGUGGAGGACCCCACCCACAGUUGUUCCAAUCAUUACGCCAGAGGAGAUUGCCCGACUCCCCGUGAUCCAGUGGAAAAAGCGAAUGGGAGAGGACGUCGAGUCGUGGGACAGCCAGCUCAACGAUCCCAAGAUCCUCUACGACUGGAUCCGGUACCAGAUCCUUACUACGCCCAAAUACGGCGUGGAGGUAGAGUGUACUCACAAGGAGCGCGAGUACGAUCACAUCUCGGAGAGAACCAAAACAACGACAGUCACCGACUUUAAGCAGACUUUUACCAUCCCACUGAGCUUCAACGGCGACACGGCCAAUGUGCAGCUAUGGACACUGCCCGAUCAGGAGCCUGCACAGCGUGGAACCGACGCCAACUGCCGCGGAGGGCCAGCGAAGAGUCCGGCUGAGCGACGCCAAGAUAAGGACAGCUUUGGCGACACGCGGGCGUGGAAUAAGCAGGUGUGGGCCGAUGAAAAGCUGGGAGUUCCACUCUGGGCAGGUGCUAGGACGCGAUUGUGGUCUCAACAGGACCCACCACCCGAAGGAAGUGUCGGCCUGAAUCCACUUCAACAAUGGUGCGAAGCAUUCUGCCGAGACCCGAGCACAUACAAGUCUUUCAAAGUGGAGAAGAUCAUAUGGGGAUACAAGGACGAGGAACUUGGGAAGAGUACGCACCGCGACGAAACGCUCGAGGCAGCUCAACGGCGGCUCCCCGAGAUCAAGGCCACCCAUCCCGAGCUGGCCCACCUCAAGCCCCGACACCUCGUCCUUGGUCCGCAGGGGGUGCACUACCAGCUUGGCAAACGGUAUGAGGAUUUCAAGGAGGAUACGAUUCGCACAUGUGUGAAGGGGACAGGCGGUGUGGUGAUUCCGACGUAUAUCCCUCCCCAGGGGUAUCUGUCAAAUUUGAACCACACGUCGAGUUGA